ACACAAUAAAAGAACAAAUGUGGGAGGGCGCACAUUUUGUAAGGAUUUAAAGGAAGAGAGGUAACGUGGGUCCCUUCUCUCUCCCCUUUCCUCCUGUCACUCUCAUUCAGCGCUAAGUGAGAAACACCAUCUUUUUCCCACACUCUGAACAUCACAUGUAGGGUUUUUAGGGCUGCAGGAAGGAAGCAUUUAACUGUAGAAUGCAAGAAUAAUCAGGAGAAAAGGGAAAAGAAAAAAAGUGAGCUGUCUUCAAAGGUGAAGAGACACCGGAGGAAUUCUGUCUAAUUUGAAAAGGUUUACCUGCAUGAACAUGGACAUCUUUAUGGAUAGGGAUUUUGGUGUGACUGGUAAUGCUUCUUAUGCAACAGGAGGGCCAGAAGGCAACAAAGGCCAAGGACUCAAUCACAGUGACCCACUGGACAUGUUUGUUGGGAUGGAGGUUCUUCAACGGUUCAAACCUCUAUUUUUGCCUCUUUACUGCCUUGUUGUGGUUGUUGCGGGCGUUGGAAACUCAUUCUUGUUGGCCUGUAUUUUGGCAGACAAGAAACUACACAAUGCCACCAACUUCUUCAUUGGUAAUUUAGCUGCCGGCGACCUACUGAUGUGCCUAAGUUGUGUCCCAAUGACUGUGUCUUAUGCCUUUGACAGCCAUGGCUGGACUUUUGGACAACCUCUCUGCCACUUGGUGCCCUUGCUGCAGUGUGCCACAGUUUUUGCCUCAGUGCUUUCACUCACUGCCAUUGCUGUUGAUCGCUACAUUGUUGUAGCUCAUCCAGUACGGAAAAGAAUUUCUGUUUGGGGCUGUGGGGCAGUGACUCUGUGUGUCUGGCUUUUGUCUCUGGCCCUGGCUGCACCUCCGUCUCUCUACACACGCUACCUGGACCUUCGUCCCAGUGGGAUUGACUUGGUGGUGUGUGAGGAAUUCUGGCCCGAUAGUGGCAAUCUACGGUUGUUAUACUCCUGCUUCAUUCUUAUAACUUCCUACAUGAUCCCGCUGCUGUCUGUCAGCGUCUCCUACUGCGGCAUCACUGUUAGCCUGAAACGCUAUUCGGUUCCUGGAGAGCCAUCCAGCAGUCAACAACGCUGGAGUCAAAGAAGAAAAAAGACCUUUUCUCUGUUGGUGGCCUCAGUGCUAGCAUUUGCCCUGUGCUGGCUGCCUCUCCAGGUGCUGAACCUUUUGUUGGACUUGGACCCGGAGUUUCUCAUCAUUGGAAAACGCUACAUAAAUGUCCUACAAGUUUGCUGCCAUUUAGUGGCUAUGAGUUCUGCAUGUUACAACCCUUUCAUCUAUGCCUCACUGCACAGCAAGGUGCGGAUGCAUCUGAAAGGCUACCUCUUUCAUUGCCAAAGUCAUCGGGGGGAAAUGGUUGAUAGAGCACCAUCCAGGACCUGAAUGUUUGAUGCAACUUCAAUAACAGCUCCUGUCAUGCAGAUCCCAUCUUUACCCACAUGAUUAAUCUUGACAUUUAAAUUAAUGUUCAAAAAUAUGAGAGAGUAAAACAGUCUCAAUUUUCAUGUAAACCCAUUUGCCUCAUGACCUCCCAGCCUUUAUUGACUUCAGUGCAUUCAAUCUUCUCUUGUCUCUCACCAAAAAUAAGACAAACAGGCAAAGAUUUAUACCACACUGUAUAAUGUUAAGCAAGAUGAUGAAGUGGAACCCAACUUAAACCAUCUGUUUGGAUAUUUGUAUUUUUCUUGAACAGUGAAGCUGCUGGUCUCAAUAUUAAGCAAACUUUGACUUUAGAAAGCCCAGCAGAGGCAUAAACCAUCCCUGAGGCUGAGAACCGCCAGGCUGAAGACACAUGCUGGAGACGGAGACUGGGGUGGUUACAUUGGUUAAAAGACAUAUUGUACUUGCAGUAAACACUUCAGAGAGCCGGCCAAAUAAUAAAUUCCUCACACCAUAUAUGAAAUAGAAGCCAAGAAGAAGAAUAGUGCAAAUUAAGUAUGUUUGUUUUAUUUUUAUUGUUAUUAUUUUUGUUUUCAUUUUUCUCUGCCUUGCUUGCCUUACAUAUCACCUCUAUCAUUUAGUGAUAAAAUGUACAUUGAUUGACAUUUUUUCUAUAUGGUGUGCUUUGUUUAGAUGAUAUCACGUCACAGCUGUAUCUGUACAAUUUAGAAAUAAUUUUACUAUUUGUAAAUAGCAUGUGCUUUCAGCUUCUGAGGGAAAAGGUAAAAACAACAACACUGUUUAGGAUAAUACAUUCUUAGUCAUCUCUGCUGUGAAACUUAUUGAGCUGUUGUAAGAUAUGAUUAAUGAUUUCGUUUUUUUAUUUUGGAAAUGUUUUAAAUAUUUUUUUUUAUGAUUAAAGAUUUUAAAGAAUCUACAUCAAAUCAGUUUUACACCAAAGAAUAUGUUAAUAUGACCACCUGCGUGUGGCACUGACUUUAGUUUUAGUUUUUUCUUUGGUUGGUAAUUUCUUUUCACUGGACAGUCACCAUUUUCACUAAGGCAUUUUUACAAAAUAAAUAAAAGAAUCAUCUAAGUAUCAACAAGGGUUAAAUAAAUUAUUACAAAAAUAGCAGGUCUGGUUGUCCUACAGUAAUCGCAAGAAUAAUCAUCUGUUUGGUGAAGCUGCUGGUAGGAACAGAAACACCCAGCAUAGCAUAAGUGCAUUAACAGCUCCCGUGGUCAGUAGUGCUGAAGCCAGCUCUUACAAUCAAAUUAUGUGCUGCUUGUUGCCUGGCAGCUGGGUGCUCCUCUUUUUAUUUGCAAGUAUGUAUUUUGUAGUGAAUUUGGUGACAAUAUCCACUUCUAUGGGUUUUAAAUUGGUUCUGAUGCUUGUGGAGACUGAUAGUUUUGUUUUGUUUCAAAAAAGGUUAAUUAUAGCUGGAGUCUUCAUCUAAUUCUCCUCAUACCUAUUCCCUGGUAACAUGAGGCGACAGAUGUUUCUGGGUGCAUUGUAUUUAAUUUUUUUAAUAAAUACAACUGUUUCAUGGUGGUUAAAGAGUCUUAUGAUACAAACAGCAUCAUGAAAUUCAAGGGACCUACCAGAUAGGUCAAGCAUAAAGUUUUAGAGUGUAGAGAGACAUGAAUUAUAAAAAAUAUCACAAGCUUUGAACAUCUCACUGUCCUCUUUAUCAUAUCAAAAUAGAAAAAGUAUGGCACAACCGCAAACCUGCCGAAACAUGGCCAUCUACAAAACUUGAUAGGCAAAUGGAAUAUUACCAUAAUCAGAAAAGAAGCCAAGAAGCUCAAGGAAACUCUGGAGGAGCUGACCACAGUGAGCUGGGUGAGCUUCUGGUGAAAGAUGUCUGGGUUGAUGGUGUUGAAGGCCGAGCUACAAACAGGAUACUGGCAUAAGUCCCUUGGUGGUCAAGGUGGCGCAAGAUGAAGCGUAGACCCAUGUUGAUUGCAUUGUCUGCCGACCUGUUUGCCCAGUAAGCAAACCGCAAGUGGUCCAAGCAGGGGGCCUGGGAUGUCCUUCAUAUGCUUCACCACUCGCUCACAGGAUUUCAUGAACAAUCCUUUGAUGAUGGUGGAAUGUUUAAAGCGGAGGGAACCUCACACAGCUCCAGAGACUUGUUAAAGAUAUGAGUAAAGAUGGUCCAAUUGUAGUCCUUAAAAGUGGUGAACCACCCAUGGCCCAGCAGCCCCUGCUUGAGCCGCACUUGCGAUAUCACCUCCGAUUGCACUGGUCUGUCCAUAGCGUACUUCUUGCGUCUGCACACAGCUGGUCUUGUGGCGCCCCUGGACCGCUCCAGUCCUCUGGCGUGCCACACCCCCGCCAGGCCAGGAUAACCAGAGGAAAAACAGGGAGUACCAAUAUGCCACAUCUCUGCCGAAUGGCACGCUUUCCGGCGGUAAUCUCCAAUCGUCUCAGACAGAUAUAGAUCACUACUCACAAGCACGGGCAGAGGUCCACCUCUGCCGUGGUCAUCGGCAUUGGGCCGUCUGUCAACCUCCCGGGAACGCAGCAUUUGGGUCUCACUCGCUCCUUGUCAUGGAGCGCGUCUGUCUCCAGCCACCUACCAAGUCCAUGCCUUUCUGCUCUCUCAGCUCCUUUUUUCUGGCAUUAAUUAGUCUCUACCGACACCUGUGUGAGCAGUCAAUUGCUGCACUCCGCCUCUUUACUACACAGCUGUCAUAGCAUUCAGGGGUUAAGGGUCUUGCUCAAAGACCCAGAGUGGGAGGCUGUGGGAUUCAAACCAUGGUACUUGUGGCCUCUCCAGGAAGCAAAUGCCCUGCUCUCUAGCCACAAGGCCACCAUUCCCCCAGGUUUAACGAAUUUGUAGGUUUCUGCCUCUAAAUUGGUAUGAGAUGAAGCAGGCAGUGAUCAGAGAGUCCCAACCAUGCACAGGGGACAGCACUGUAUGCAUCUUUUAGAGCUGUGUAACAGUGGUCGAGUGUCUUUUUGUUGGAAUAAUUGUAUAUAGAUUUAUCUUAUAUUUCCUCUUUUUGUUAACUUUACAAUUUGACCUUUAUAACCUUUCAUGUUGUAUAUGUAAGUAAACAUGUGAUGAGUUGUUUUGCAGACAAAGAGGAAAGGUGGAAUUGGGAUGAUGCAGUCACAGUGGGGACUCAUCACAAGGAUAACAGCUGAUUGUGCUGAACAAAGAACGCACAUAUUUUAAGAUUAUGGAGACUAUGCAAGCGUGUUUGUACAAGAUAAUGGUGUACAUGAUCUAUGUCACGUUGCUACUGUUUGUUUCCCACCCUUUAGAGCAGCAACGUUUAUGUAACUAGGGACCACCCUAAAAAUUAUAAAAAGAGGUGUUGGAUAGAUGUGUUUUCAGAGCAGUAGGAGAUUUGUAACUGAAAGCACAUCUCUGUCUGUUCUCCUCGCAGCGAGUAAGAAACUAA